AAGGAGAAAGUACGGGCGAGGGGUCCUGAUAACCCUGCUCAUUACUCAAUGUGUUGCAGAGGUGGCCAGGUAGCGCUCCCCCAACAUUACUUUGAUUUUCCACCGGUACCGCGACUACUGUACGAUCUUCUCACCAAGGACCAUGCCACGCACAUCAGAUCGUAUAACAAUGCUCUGAGCUUCACUUCUUUAGGGACUCCAAUGGACGCGUCCGUCAUUGGUCAUUGUUUUAAAAUACAAGGUCAAUUGGUCCACAAGCUUGGUACAAUUCUACCACCUGCCGAGGGCGAGUACUCAUUUGCACAAAUAUACAUAAUGGGACCGGAGAUUGAAGAUGAGGCACGGCACCGUGUGAAAAUGUCUGGCGUCAAGAUUGAUCCAGUCAUCAUGAAACAACUUAUUGACUUCCUUGAUCAACAUAAUCCCUAUGCGAAGCAAUUUCGAUCAGCUUACGAUAUCAUGAAGCAACACAAAACCAUUGCGAUUCAAUUAAAGUCUAUUCAGCCUACACCUGAACAAGCCGCCGGCCACGACAUUCGAACCUACGCUCGACCUUCUGCUACAGAGGUUGCCAUGAUUGUCGAUGACGGCGUUGAAAUUGGUAGAGGUGAUAGAGACAUCAUUGUCCAUUCAACGGAUGAGAUGUGGCAUAGGGUGUCUGAUUUGCAUACUGGAUAUCUACCAUUGCGGUACCCAUUACUGUUU